GUCCCGGAAACAGGAAAUGGGAGAAGAGAAGAACACAACAACAAACGGCUGGUUGGACAGUCGAUAAGAUGGCGCUGGUGCGAAAGGGCCCCUCGGGGCUGCGGUCCUUCCUCCUUUUGCUCGCCUUGGGUUGCCAGGGGGAGGCUUGGGCUGUCGACGAGCCUGCCGCUGUCACCUCGCUUCCCGAGGGUUUCGAGCCGGCGCUGGGAAGUACUACGCCAUGCCAGCGGACCUGCCAGAGCACCUACCCGCUGCAUACUUACCCCAAGGAAGAAGAGCUUUAUGCAUGUCAGCGUGGCUGCAGACUUUUCUCCAUUUGCCAGUUUGCAGAUGAUGGUGCUGAUUUGAAUCAGACCAAACUGGAGUGUGAAUCUGCAUGUACUGAGGCAUAUUCUCAGUCUGAUGAACAAUAUGCUUGCCAUCUGGGAUGUCAGAAUCAGUUGCCAUACGCUGAACUGAGACAAAAGCAGCUCAUGUCCUUGAUGCCAAGAAUCCAUCUUCUGUUCCCCCUUACACUUGUAAGAUCAUUCUGGAGUGAUAUGAUGGAAACAGCCCAUAGCUUCAUUACUUCUUCAUGGACUUUCUACCUUCAAGCUGAUGAUGGCAAAAUAGUAAUAUUUCAGUCAAAGCCAGAAGUUCAUUAUGUUCAAGGAUCCCAUCAGGAAACCAUGGAUCUGAAAGAAUCAACUCAGAGCAAAGCAUCUUACCUUCAACCAAGAGAGCCACAGAUACAUUCAGAAUUUUUUGAAGACGACGAAAAUGACAGUUUCUUCAGAUGUAUUUCAAUAAAUUCUGGCUGGAUAUUAACUACGACACUUAUCCUCUCUAUUUUGGUGUUGUUCUGGAUUUGUUGUGCGACUGUUACUACUGCUGUGGAACAGUAUGUUCCAUCUGAGAAGCUGAGUAUCUAUGGAGACUUGGAAUUCAUGAACGAACAAAAGCUGCACCGAUAUCCAACUUCAGCUCUUGUGGUAGUUAAAAGCAAAAUUGAUGAACAGGAAGCAGGACCCCUGCCAGCAAAAGUUAACCUGGCUCACUCAGCAAUAUAAAUAGCUUUUUCAAAAUGAGUUCAGUAGCCUGACUUUACAACUUGUAUCAACUGUGGUGAUUUCCCAAAUAAGGGCCAGAGUGAGGGGAGGGGUGUUUGUUCAACUUUCAGAUGCAAAUAAAGUUACCAAAUCAGUGAAGGCUCUACUGUCCAUGUAUUUUUCCAUUAAAGAAAAAAAAUCAGAUGGUGGGUACAGGUUUGUAUGUGUACUUGUUUGCAGCUUUUUUCCCCUUACUAAAAAUCACAAAUAUUGUCUAUAAAUUGAGGUUUUGGUAUUUGCAUAUGAUGGCCAUCUGUUAGUGCUUCAGUCUGUAUAUUUGGAAUCCAUUUCAAAAAAUAAAAGGAAUCUUCAGUGGUCAAAGACGCCUGGAAGUUGACUUCUCAGCUAUGGAUAAAGCCCAACAUGUAGAGCUGCUUGCAAAAACAGACUGCCUCGCGCAGCCUGUGUUCUAUGUUUGAAAAUCUUUCUUCUUGUACUUUAUCCACUAUCAGUACUAUAGGCCAGAAGGAAAAUUUUAAUAAAACUCCACAUCAGGAUAUUAGUUCUGUUUUGUACUCCUUUGAAACAAGCUCCCAAAGAGGUUAUUUAAAAUUAGGUGGUCUUUCUGAUAAUUUCUCUCUGCUUUGCAUUUGUUGGGUUUAUAGUCUUCAUGUCAUUUCUCCGCUUACACUGAUCUGUUCUAGUACUUCACUGACCAUCAUGUGUGUAGAAUGUUUGAUGCUGUCUUCACCAAAACAUCUUGAAACUGAGCUCAUAUGCUCUCUUUUUACAACUUAACUGGAAUACCUCAUUACUUUCCUGAUUUAAAAGUGAACAAAUGGUUUAUUGAAUACAGUUCUGUAAAUCGGUACUUUCCGUAAGAGCUUCUAAGUUCCUACUACCUUGGCUUGCUUUUUAAAUACCAUUCUAAUAGGAUGCAUUGAGAAUUUGUUUCCAGCAUUGUGCAUAUGUUUGCCUAAAACCUUAAUUAGCUAAAGAUUAAUAUUGUAUUGGAAAAUGUGUAAUUAACAAUGGCUUCCUAAGCAGUUACUGUUCUAAACCUAUUGACUUCAGUGGGCUUAGAAAGGUGUAACUCUGUUUAGGGUAGCACUCUGCUGAAGUCAGAUGAAGAAAAAAGGGAUAAGCUAUUCUAAGAGCCCCAUCAGGGGGCAGGGGGCGAAUCUGCCUGUGGAUCAGUGCAUGGCUGCACCCAUGAAUUUGCCCUCCCUGUGGCACUUACCCCAGUAGAGGGGUGAUGUUGCCGGUCUUCAGCUGCUGUGGCCCUCCCCAGUGCUGUAACACCACUGUUCCAGCGUGCCAGCACCCCAUUGUGGCAAAGCAGGGCUGUGACCAGGGGAGGAGCCAAUGUUAGCUUCCUUGUGGCUUUUUACUACAUUACACCGGCAGACUAGGCCUCUGACUGAAUGCCACCAAAAACUGUGGCGUAAAUCUAUGCAGCCCAAUGGGGGCGUCUCAGCACCAAGGAGACUUUUCCACUUUACCAGCCUCCUCGUACGUCUGAGAAACCUCUUUGGGGCCACCAACCCAGCGUGGCUGCAGCACCACAGCCAGGCACAUAGCCCUUUGGAUGGGGUUUCCUGUCUCUGAAGAAUUUAUGAUAGCCUAGAUGUAAGCCAAUAAAAUAAAAAUCAUAUGGAAUUGUCUAUUACUGUUACAUAGGAAUAGCAUGUAUAGCAUAAAGGCUGACUUUUUAUAAUUCAGUGUUGAAAAAAUAGGCUUUUCUAUUUAAAUUAGUUCUCAACAGGAUCUGUAAUGGGAGCCUAAUGUGCAAAGACAGCCCAUAAACAAAUUGUUGCUGAUCUCUUUUCUCAUCUAGUCUAUAUAUUUUGUAACACCUGAGAUUCCUAAAUCAUACAGCAAGAAAGAGGCAGCACUCUGAUUUAACCUGUGAAAUUGCUGCUUUAAAGCAACUCCUGCAGUAAAGUGUGUCUUACUGUUACAUGGUGACUUCCACAAUGUUUGUGGUUUGGGGGGUUUUUUUUACAUGCAGGGAUGAAAGAUACUAUGCAGUGAUUAUUUCCGUCAUAGUUACUUUAAAGUAUACAUUAUAUUAACUUCUGAUUCUAAUUUUCAGUGAUACACUUGCUUUAUUGUGGAAAAUUCCUAAGUACUCAGAAGAUGAAAUUGACUGAAAUUAAAAUGUCUUAUCAAUGGCAUAAGAUUAUAUUAUAUUAACUCUGUUAAAAUGAACAGGCUCAUCAAGAUACUGUGGUGUUUUUGUUUCUAGAGUUGUAGCUCUUUAUGGCAAACUUGAAUAGGAAUCUAUUUAACAUUGUUCAAUAAAUCUAUGCUUGAAAGAA